UUCUCGCAGCUACUCGUAGCAAAAUUGCUAACCGUCGAUAGAAACUUCUCUCUCUCGCUAGCUAUUUCAUUGUUGACAAAGAAAAUAGGUGAGAGUCCGAAGUAUAUGAGCUCAGAGGCAAAUGAUACACAAAGCAUAGGAAGCAAAUGCUCUUCUGUGUCUGUCAGAACAAGCCCUCGAACCGAAGGAGAGAUCUUGCAAUCUCCAAACCUCAAAAGUUUCAGCUUUGCCGAGCUCAAAGCAGCAACUAGAAAUUUCAGACCAGACAGUGUUCUUGGUGAAGGUGGAUUCGGUUGUGUCUUUAAAGGAUGGAUUGAUGAGGAAUCUCUCACUGCAUCUAAACCGGGAACCGGUACGGUUAUUGCUGUCAAAAGACUUAACAAAGAGGGUUGGCAAGGUCAUCAAGAAUGGCUGGCGGAAGUGAAUUACUUGGGGCGGCUUUCUCAUCCUAAUCUUGUGAAACUCAUCGGUUACUGCUUAGAAGAUGAGCAUCAUCUUCUUGUGUAUGAGUUCAUGCCUUGUGGAAGCUUAGAGAAUCAUUUAUUCAGAAGAGGUUCCUACUUCGAACCUUUAUCUUGGAAUCUUCGGUUAAAAAUUGCUCUUGGUUGUGCAAAAGGUCUAGCUUUCCUUCACAGCGCCGAGACACAAGUCAUAUACCGCGACUUCAAAACCUCUAACAUACUUCUUGAUUCGAACUACAAUGCUAAGCUAUCUGAUUUCGGUUUGGCUAAAGACGGUCCAACAGGUGAUGAUAGCCAUGUAUCUACAAGGGUCAUAGGUACCUAUGGGUACGCAGACCCUGAUUACCUUUUGAGCGGUCAUUUAACAACCAAGAGUGAUGUCUAUAGCUACGGUGUUGUACUUUUGGAGAUGUUGUCUGGUCGUAAAGUUGUGGACAAUAAUCGUCCACCGAGAGAGAAAAAACUGGUGGAUUGGGCAAAACCGUUACUUGCAAACAAGAAGAAGGUUUCACGAGUUAUCGAUAACCGUAUCCGAGAGCAAUGCUCGUUGGAAGAAGCACGUAGAGUAGCUACUCAAGUGUUGAGAUGUCUCGACACUGACAGGAACAUGAGGCCAAACAUGAACGAGAUUGUUACUCACCUCGAACAAAUCCAAGCUUUGCAUGAAGGGGGAGGCAAAAACAUCGAUAAGACCGAGAAAAGAAUGCGUAGGAGAAGAGACAGUUUUGCCCAACAAACUGAUGUGGGCGGGACAGCAGCUGCUUAUCCACGUCCGUCUGCUUCGCCUCUGUUUGUAUGAGAAGGAAACGAUGAUGUUCUGCUCUGUUUAGUUCAGAUGUACAGUUUUGGUUCUGCUUAUGCACCCAAAGGAUUCAAGUUCAGGGCUCGUCAGAGAUUUGACAUUUGAUCUUAAUUUGUAGUGUGAGAGUUGUUUAACAUAAACUAUGAAGGAUCUCUCAUUGUCUUCAACUUCAAGCUUUGUUGUAUUCAGUGGCUGA